AACUACGGGAAAAGCUCUGCGCAUAUGUAUGCCGACGUGCGAGAAAGGACGCGCGCCGAGAUCGAUAGUGAACUGGAGAAGAGUAGAGUGUUCGCAAGCUCACAUGUAAGUAAUACCAGGAAGUAUUCCAGCUGCUGUGAUCAGUAACAGACAGCACAGCCAUGUCUCUGCGAACCAGAAUCAACGGUUUCACGGCCUGGGUGAACCUGCGCCUGGUGUCCUACAGUCUGUCCAUCAGUAAUGUACUCAGCGAGCUGCUGACGGGAAGUCAUCUGAAGAUGUUGGUGCAAAGUUUUACAGGAAUGCAGAUGAAGAAACUACAGAGCAUGGAUGGUCUGACAGAGACCCAGAAACUGACACGAGUGGAGUGGGCUGUGACUGCACUGAAAAAGAGUCAGGUCAUAGAAGAAGAAGCAAGGGUAGACUGCCGGCUGGUGACGAUGCGCAGUGCUGAUCAUGUCUUUGAUUUGCUGUGGCACCUGAUAGCGUAUGACAUCUGGUUUACAUGGGAGAGGGCCGAUUAUCUGCUGCAGGAAGAUCUGGAAGUGUUAACUCAGGUUCCAUACAAGUGGACCCCUGAGCCACCACCUCCAAAGAAAAAGCCUAAAAGAAAAGUGAAAACGGACCUCCUUGCUGGAUUUGGUGCCAAAGCAAGUGUAGCAGAUGGGCCAGAGGAAAUGGGUGAUGACCAGUCUCAACAUGACAGGUAUCCAGGGACAGAUGUUGCCUUGUCCUACAAGAAGAAUCUACCUCGUGGUGGCUGGAUGUCCUAUCCUGACCCUGAUGACUGCAUCUUGGAUAUGGUCUGCACUCAGUUAGCACGGGUGAGGGAGGGGAGCAAGUUAACUGUGGAGAGCCUAGAUGACAUUGCAGACAGCAGAGUUCUCUGUGCACUCAUCAACUCUUUUGUCCCUGGAACAUUUACAACAGAAGUGCUGUUAAAUGACAGAUGGACGUUGAACCUUGCACUACAAACCAUCGGAGCCAUGACGUACUGCUCGGUGCCGAUGACAUCUCAGGACCUGGUGGAGGCGGAUCCCAAGGCCCUGUCAGCUUUCAUGUGCUUCUUCUUCAUGAGCUGUUUCAAGUUCCGUCAGAGUCGGGCUGUGAAGGCGAGAGUGUACGAGUUACAUCUUCUCAUGCAGGAGGUUGGAGCUGAGCUGGACACCUUGCCUGAUGUGGCAGGUAAUAUGGCUGAGCUACGGUACAAAAAGGAGCUCAAGUCACAGCAUGAUUCAUACAGGGAGGAGUUAGAGGAGUUACAGCAGAACUAUGACAUUAAGUACUGUGAGGAGUGGGUGGAACAUGUGGCAGACGUGCAGCUACAAACACACAAACAGGUUGCGUCCAAAAUGAAGGAGAGAUUUGAGGUGUUGACGGUACCAAGAAGCAUCACGAUCAACGAGAUGUGCAUCACACUUCUCAUCAACUUGAGUCUCUCGCAGGGAGCAGGAUUUUAUCGCAUGGACAACAAAGAAAUUGUCACUGCUGAUCGCAAGCUGGUUCUCUUCAACCAUAAGACUGGUCAGUAUGUGGAUGACCUGGUGAAGAAGUCCGGUGGUAUUACUGUGAGAAGUCGACUUGGACUGCAGGAUGAACAGCCUCAGGAGAUCAACCCAGCACUCUAUCCACAGUAUCAGAUCUUUGUGGAAAGUCCUUCAAGAAACAAGCUGCUAAAAACUGGAAGUGUCUUCAUGUAUCAGGUGUUUCCCUGCAGCACGUUACAGUGGCAGCGCAUGAUGAUGAGAGCAGGGAAGGAAGGCGAUGAUGAGAUGAUGAACAAACUGGUGUCCUUCUUCCGCGUGUCACAUCCCUCCUUCAUCAACUCACAGGAGGCAAACACUGGCAAUAGUGUCUUACAUGUGGCAUCUCGGGCAGGGCAUUUUAACAUUGUGCAGUACUUACUAAAGAACGGAGCCAAUGUAAACCUGCGUAACGCGAGUGGCGGCACCCCGCUGUUCUCCGCUGCUGAGGGCUUACACCGGCGCGUGGCCCAGCUCCUACUGGAGUGGGGCGCUGAUGUCAACGCUAAGAACUUCAGGUGUAUGACAGCACUGGAGGGGCUGCGGAGUGACGACUUAAAAGACAACUUGACUGCUGUCACUGCCUACCUCAGCAGUAUUAGACCAAAGAUCAUGGAGGGUGACAUGCAGACACUGAAGAGAGUUAUCCACGACCAUGUGACAGGAGCGCAUCAAUUUGCUGACCUCAGCAGUCGCUGUAUCAGCGGCAGCACCCUACUGCAUACAGCUGCCUACUUUGGAGCUACAUCUAUUGUCAAAGAGCUGCUGAAGGAAAGGGUAGAUGUGAACUUGUCGGACUACAAGGGAGCGACUCCUCUACAUCGUGCCAGGGACACAGCUACCAUCCAGUUGUUGCUGGACAGUGGUGCUGCCAUCAAUGCUCGUGAUAAUGAGGGCAACACUCCUCUGCACAUCCUCAGCUAUGGUGAGAAGGGGCAACCCUCGCAGCUGGAAUGUUUACAAGCCUUGCUGGAUUCCGGUGCUCACAUUACUUUGUGCAACAAUAAAGGCCUUCUGGCUGCACACUGCUGUGCCAUGCAGGGUCGCACAGACGCAAUCAAGCUGCUUGUUGACAGAGACGGGGAUGAAGCCAUGAGGGCUAUCAUAGACGGAGAAGAAGGGACAAAGCUACCCAGCUUGGCUUACCUUGCUGUGGUUAAUGGCUUCCUGGCCUGUGCUUCAUGGCUUGUGCGAGAAAACUUUUUGCUGAAGCCAGGUGAGGCAGACCAGCUGCUGCAGAUCGUGCUGCUGAAGUCAGCAGACAUGGAGGAUGCAGCGCUGUUUGUGCAGUUCUUACUGGAUAACCAGGCUGAUGUGGGCGCCAGGUUCGCUCAGGGGAACACUCCACUCCACCUGGCAGCUACUUCUGUGACAGCUGUGGAAUCCCUCCAGCUGCUGUUAUCAUACGGAGCUGAAGUUGAUGCAACAAACGACUUGCAGGAAACUCCACUAUUCACUGCUGUCCGGGCUAACAACCACUACGCAGCCAGCUUACUUAUCAACCAUGGUGUCAAUGUGAGAUGUGUGAACCUGGUUGGACUGACAGCAUUUGAUCAGAUCAGGGACUUUGAUGAGUGGCUGGAAUGCAGUUUCUUCAGUGAUGAGAUAAAAGCCAGGAUGAAAGCCUUUAGCCUUAAGCAUGCCAGAGACCUUGUCCGUGCCAUCACCAAGAAAGUGAAAACUGCUGCGCCCCUAUCGUCUGCUCGGCUCCCAGUCUUGAACACCAGCGUUCACUGGGAGCGGUCCCGAGUGGAGGCUGCCACACCAUCAUCAUCCCAUCGUAUUCAGACGGCCCCGCCCCAGAGCAGACCGCCCGGGACAGGGCGAUCCAUCAGCACACAGGUGUUCCAGAGAAGGGCUAUAUCAGCGAUGAGCUACACCGCAUCAUCCGGACAUCCACAGACAGCUUCCUCAUCUAGUCUGUAGCAGUUUCAUCAGGGAGCACCUUCUGCCACACCUGCAUCUCUAACGUCUUUGUUUGAAGAGAUGCCCGCCCUUCUAGAAUUUGAGCGACGUGAUGGAACAAAAUAUGUGACAGUUUUGUUUGUCCGUCAGUCAGUAAGGACUGCCUUGUCAGCCAUCAUAUGUUGUGUUGGUUGGGUCACAUGUCGUCAGUUGGCUAUUCAGUAAUUUAUUCUGGUGCAGAACUGCCGGUUACAGUGUGGACAGGAAAUUAUUAUAGUAGUGUUUGGUGGAGGGUUGGCUGCAAGUUCCUUCUUACUUGCCUUUUCUACCAGGUGGCAGUUUUGCGUACCUCAUAUAUAGGUAGUGGCACCUUCUCAGACUGUGUGUCACCAAUGUGAUAUCUGUGUCUAUAUACAUGUAGUUGGUAUAAUGGCCUUUUGGCGUAACAUAUCAGCACCUGGCAAAGAUGUGUUUUAUGGUGUAUUUACUGCUUUUAUGUACAUAUUUAUGCUAAAUCUGAUACUAUCAACAGGGUAUAUUAUACAUAAUUGAAGCCAGCAGUAUUAUACUUUUAUAUCAUGUUUGGUUGUCUAUAUUUUAUAUGCUAUUCUUAUUCUUUUAAGUGAAUAAACUGAUAUUUGUAUAGCCAAA